AUGGCCGACCUCGAAAACGACUCGACAAUCAUUGUCGACGACGAACAACCUCUAGCAGUCCGCAGAAAAAGACGAAGCAGCACAAGACUAAGUCUCAAUACACAAUCGGCAUCGAAUCCUCAAAACAGAGGAAAGCUACAAGUAGUCCUUGGAAAUUUCACUCCGCCAGCAACCCCCAAACGAGCAAAGAAACGCGUCCGCUUCUCUGAUCCAGGACCAAUUCUCCUCGAUUCCGAAUCAGAAUCAGCAUCAGCUUCAGGCCUCACUCCAUUUAUUCGACGGACAUCUCUCUCCACUCCUGCCUCGAAACGCCGGCACUCUACACCAGCCGUGCUGUCAAAUCGAUCCGAAUACAAUGCAGCUCCAAUCUCGGGAACACUGCAAUUCGCACCUCUGCGACAAGUGCUCGAAGGGAGGGUGAAGAGGAGGUUGAGACGGAACAGACUAAGCGAAGAAAUAAACACCAUUGAGUGGGAUAAGAAAAAGGAAGAAAAGAAGCGGAGAACGGAGGUUGGAAGGCUCAGAGAGGAAUUAGCAGCCAAGGAUUUCGAGGUUCAGAGCAUCAGAGAUGAACUGGAUAUUGCAAGCCAGCUCGAGGGAGAGUCUGGAAUCUCGGCCACUUCGAACUCGACUCAAAGCACCAAGAUCCAAGAGCUGGAACAAGUGAUAGUCGACCUAAAAGCUGAGCUUCAACGGAAAGACAGCGAGCCCGCGGAAGAUACGGACUGGACAAUGGCAGCCCAAGAUCCUUUCGACUUUGACGAUGAUGAUAAUAUGAUAACGAACUAUGAUGAUGACUUCCAUGACAAUACUGAGAUGGAAACGACCCCGACACGAUUAAAUACCUCAUUCCCAUCACCCCCAUCCACAAUGCCGUCCACGCCUUGCAAAUCGGUGUCCUCCGGCAUCCAAGCAUGCCUUCCUAUUCCCGACCCAGAGAAAGAUGCUCUCAAAAUCCAACUUGAAUCGCUGAACUCCGAGGUGUCGAAACUUACUUCCACCAUCGCUUUCAAGGACGACAAUCAAUCGCGUCUCACUGAGAAGCUUUCCCAAUUCAUCCCCAUUGACGAGUCCCAUGAUCACACUUCUAUUGACGUCGCACUAGACAGUGUGCUCACCCAGCUAGCCAUCGCUCAAUCUCACGCGUUGGAGAAAGAGAACGCAUUCUCUGCUCUUACAGUUGAGAUCACCGGUCUAGGCUUUUCCUCAUCUGGCCCCGAAGAGACACUCGAGCUUAUUGCAACGCAAUUCCGGCAAGCACGGCUGGAUCUCGAGUACCUCACUCCAGGUGAAGUCGUUGAAGGCUUUGAGAAUGACAAGUUGCUUGAUAUGCUUGUAUCACGAACCAAAGUCUUGCUUGAGAAGGUAAAGGUCCAGGACGCUAGCAUUGACGAAUAUCAUUCUCAAGAAAUAUCUCUCAGACAGCAACUCAACACUCGUGUCAAUGUCACGGAUGGUCUGCAGAAGGAGCUGUACCUCGCGAACACUGUUGUUGGGGCCCUGAGAGAAGAAAUGGAGGAGAAAGAAGUCAGCAACCAGAGACUGCAGUCAGCUUUGGAAGGGUACCGAGCAGAAGUGACAGGAUUAGAGAAUCUAAUCGAACGAGUGGAGAAGGAAGGACGGAAUAACGAGGCCCAAUUCAGAGGCCAAGUGAACGACAUGCAAGAGAAACUCCAGCACGAGAUCCUCAAGCAUGACACAACGCGUGCUUGCGAAGAAGGAAAAGACAUGAUAAUCAUGGAACUCGAACGCCGCCUCACCGCCGCCCUAGAAUCAGCAUCCGCCGUCCAAAGCCAGCUCUCCGCCCUCUCGACCACCAAAGACACUGAGAUCUCCAAUAGAGAUUCCAUGAUCGAGCAACUCCAGAGCUCUGGCCUAGAGCGUGAGAGAGAACACGGCGACGCUCUUGCUCUUCGUGACGCCCGAGUAUCCGAGCUACGAGAGGAAGUCGAACGGGUUAACAACGCGCUAAAGACUGCCCAUGCUACCAUUCUCGAGCUCAGAAACCAGAAUAGGGAAUUGAACGCUCAAGUCUCGGGCGAGAAGACCCGCGGAUUGUUAGUCGUGCAGGCUAUGCGCGAUCAAUUGACCCGUGCCUUGGAAACUGGGCUGGGGUAUGUCAAUGGAGAUGUUUCUGUGCAAGGGCCUGAGCCUUCUUGUGAGAGUAGUAGUCCUGUCGCUGAAGAAUCCUCUCGGUCGGUGGUCAGAAGCGGGGGAUUCUUCGAUGGAGAGUUGGCGAGGAAGAGUGGCAAGAAGCGGAGACGGUAUGAUAGUGGCUUGGGGUUCUUGGAGGAGGAAGGGGAUGAGGAAAUGGUGGUUGAUGUUUGA